UUACACAGGUGCGUCAAACUGGGAGAUAAUUAACGCUGUCAGUCGCGAGGACGCGUUUUAAUGCAAAAGUAACGUUACAUUCAUAUAUUCUUCCAUUAAUGUCACCCGUUAGAAAACAUUUUGAGUUUUAUUCACAGUAAAAUGCUAAACAAACUUCAUUGACCAUGAGGGAAGACACAACUAGGGGGAACGAGGUGGAGGCGGACGAGAGUGCAGCAGCAGACGUUGCAUCUGGGGAAAGACGACCUAGUCUUGUGAGGCUACAAAAUAUGUUGAAGAAGGUUUCCCAAAGCCCUUUCCAUAAUCAGUACAAGACUCUUGAAUCAUCAACCUCUGACUCUAGUGGAUCAGCUGCGAACGAGUCUCAAAACAAACAGGAUGGUGAGUUCCUUGUUGGUCUCUCAUCUGCUGCUACAGAUGUGACCGACAACCACCAGCUCCACUUAGGCCAGUUGGGGGAAAGGGCCUGGAACGGUGUAAAGACGGAGGAUAAUCAUCAUCUUCCUACUGUGGCAAAGAAUGGAGACAAUGGGGAUUUGACCAGAAUGAACCCUUUUUACACAUAUCAUUUGGAAUCGGGCAGCAAAAGUCCUGUAAUGGAGGACGAAGAGAGGAAAACCUCAGAAGCAAACCUCAAUACCAUCUUCAUCCCUCCGCCUGAUUUUCAGAGUUCACCUCUGGAUCUUCAAACUGAGAUUAAGACUGUGGAAAAUGGAGCCAACGUUUCUGAACCUCAAAAGGACCUGUUCCAGGCCCUUACCCCCAACUGUACGAAGGGCCAAUUCCAGGCAUCGGCAUCGGCCCAGAACUCACCUGCCAAUGGCCAUUUUCAUGACGUGACCCUGAACUCACCAGACUUAUUUAAUACACUUCCCACUCAAACCCAGAACCUCUCCAAAGCCUUGCAGUUAAAAAGCUCUGACCUGAUUAAAGAUGAAGGGGUCAGUCUUUUCCAGGCUGCUACAGGAGAAGAUUUGCUCCAUGCUGAGCGCACUAGGGAGGUGAACAUCUUUGAUAAAUCUCCCGGUGUUUUUGUAGACCCAUUCGAAUCUCCUUCAAACAAGGAGGAUGAUCUGUUCCGGUCUCCACGGCCUAUGGCAACGAACCCAUUUCAUACUGCCAAAACCAAUGAAGCAGAUUUGUUUCAAGCAGUUCCAACUAAUAGUGGGGGACUCUUCCAGACCAGGGAAAACAAACACGAUCCCUCUACCAUAGAAGACCAUUUUGGCAUGUCCUCUAAGGGAAAUCAGGACAAAUUUUCUUCUUCAUCCACAGCUACAUUCGACCCAUUCCCAAGUCCAAUUACAAAGGAUUUAUUUGAAGACAUUUCCAGUUUGGACGACCCAUUUGGUACUCCUCGCUCAAAACAAUACGACCCUUUCCAAGAUGUUUCAAAUGGGACUCCAGACAUCUUCCAACCGCUUCCCUCAAAGGCUAACAGCAGGAAUAUAUUUGAGAUGAACCCCAGUGAUACAGCCUCUAAGGCCACAUACUCUACACCUUCACUCAGCAGUCCGUCAGAAAUGAAGUUGGACAUGCUAUCGUCCUCACCAGAUCUCUUCAAGGCAAUGCCAACAGGAACUCCCCCAGCCAUCCAACCAAAGUCUUUUGACGGGCCACAUGAUAUUGUCUUGACGACUCCUCAGGGAACUAAACAUGAUAUUCUUCAGCCGUCUCCCUUCAGCCGGGCCAGUAACCUGUCCAUGCACUCAAGCCGGUCUCCAGCUGAAAUGUCUCAUGUAACGACCUUCAAACGUCCCCCAAAGCCUCUUCCCCGAACGAGACCACCAAGAAAAGAUAACCCACCCAGGCCAGAAAAGCCUCCAAGGCCAGAAAAGCCUCCAAAACCAGAAAAGCCACCUAUACCAGCAAACCCUAUUGAAACUGAACCACCUGUGCCAAAAACGUCUCCAAAACCAGUUAUUCACGGCAAACCAAAAACCGAGGCAAGUAAACCGAUGGACCAGGAGAACUAUGUCGUAUUUGAGGACAUCCUCCUUAUUGGACAGGAAAGGUGUGUUGAAGAUUGGCCUGAAGACAGCCCUGAGCUAAACCCCGACUUCAAACCAUCAGGAACAUUGAGACUACGGCGAGAAUCAUUGAAAACAAAGGCGGACUCCGAUGGAGGAAGUGGCGAGGAUCAGGACGGCUCUGGGGGUCAAAGCAAGAAAAAGGACAGAAAGUUCAGUAUGUCCCUACUUUCCAGAAGAUCGUCAAAGGAUAAGUUAUCUGAUGACACAAAGGAGGGGAGGAGCAGGACACUACCCACCCCACGUAAAUCAUCAAAGGAAUAUCUUUCAGAUCUACACACGUCUGCAGGAGAGAAUGAAGAUGGGGAGCACUAUGGGAUGGAAUACAAACAGAAGAAACAUCUAAAGACCAAAGUCAACCGGCUGCUUAGAAGAGCAUCCACUACUUCCUCUGUGCCCGAGGGAAAGCACAGGAACGGACAUUUACAAGAAUCCAGGGAGGAUGGUAACAAUAAGAAAGGCGUUGGAAAGAAAAACUCCAUACGCAGGUGGUCAGAGGGGACAGUUUUGGAUGACAGCACUGGUGAGGAGGAGGAGGGAGGGGAAGCCCAGCACGGAGAGGUUGACGACCAUGGAUUUAAGAGAAAAAAGAAAUUGAGAGUCAAGUUUGUGCCACACAGAGGAUUUGCCAUUGUCAAGACUGCUGAUGAGCUGAAGGGCGCACACGGGUACACACCUCGCAAAGGCUCAAAGGAGAAAUCACAUGAGGAAGUUUUAGGUGCACAUGGCUACACACCUCGUAAGACGUCCCAGGAUGAAUUACAUCAUGCUUUUGAGGAUGUAGAGGAGCUGAAAGCCCAACGUCUUCGGGCAACAAGCAAGGCCGCUUUCAUGGAUGAUGAGCACUUACAGAAAAGCCUCCAUAUGUCUGCUGGAUUUAAUGGAGAUGAAGAUUCAUAUGGAAUGGAAGACUGCAAACCUAAGAAAUCAACAAAGAUGAAACUACUGCACAUGGGUCGUCGGAGCUCUAAGGAGGACAUGCUGGAUGACGGUCUUCAGAAAAAGAAGAGCAGCUUCUCAGCAGAGGAGUUAGACGAUGACGAGCUGAACGGGAUGGAAGAUUGCAAACCGAAAAAAUCCACACGAAAAGGCUUCCCUGUUCCCGUCCCACGCAAAUCUAAGACUGAACCAGCUGGAUUCAGCCACCACAUGACUCAGCAAGCAUUCAGUGAUGCCUUUGCUGAGGAUGACACUCAAACAGGAAAAGAUUUCAUGAGUCAUGGAGAGAUGUCUGACAGCGAACAAGAUGAACUGGAAACUUGCAAACCGAAGAAGUCAUCUAAACUUAAAGGUCUCAGAAAACACAAGGCUAAGAGCAAAGCCAUGCAUCCAGAGUAUGAGGAUCCACCAGGAGCUACGUCUAGUGACUACCUGUCAGAGGCCGCUAAGGCAGAGUGGCUGGCUGCUCAAGUGGAUGAGCAAGCUAUAGCAGGAAUGGAGGAUGAGGACGAGGAAGGGGACACUGACAGUUUGAUGGAGUGGUGGCACACGGUGGAACAAUGGGAUGAGGUGCCAUCAGAUGAUGACAAAGUCUUAAAAGAGGAUGAGUCCAGGUCCUUCACCAACUUGGCGAACAAGGUUCAUCGCGGCCUGCGCGUCUUCAACAAGGUCUUCACAGAGCGAGCUGAGGUCCUCUGGCAUUCCGUCAUCAUGCUCCACGCCAUCGCAGACGACAUCAGCCGUUUCCACCACAAGGCCAAGAUCGCCGGCAUCACCGGUGGCACCACCACAGCUGUGGGCGGCGUGACGGCCAUCGCCGGCUUGGCUUUGGCCCCCUUUACCUUUGGCGCCUCUCUCGUAAUCACCGCUGUUGGUGUGGGCGUGGCAACGGCCGGCGGAAUCGCUUCAGCCUCUGCGGCCAUCUCGGAUAACGUUAACAACAUGCAAGACCGGAAGAAGGUGGAGGCAGUACUGCAGGAGUAUGAAGCUCACCUGCUGCACAUUGGAAAGAUCCUCCACUUUAUCAAUCAGGGCCUGUACAAACUCCGGGGCCAUCCCUUCCUCAGGUCCGGCACCCAGCACUACUCGCAGGACUGGGAGAUCCGCAGGGCCGUCCAGAUGAUCAGCUUAGUGGACACGCCGGUGAUGCGGGCGACAGAGAUAACGGACGCGGCUGUUGCCUCGGUCCAAGGACUCUUCAAAGGCAUGGACAAGUACUUCAUCAAGGACUCCCGAGAGCUGAAGAAAGGCUGCAAGAAGGAGGUGGUGGGUCAAAUAAAGGGGGUGGCAAAUGUGCUCAAUGAUGGGAUAGUGGAGCUCAACAGCAUCAGGGAGGAGCUCCAGGAUGCUACUGGAAACAUCUGAGGAACAGCAUGUGUGAUUGUUUCUCAAAGAACACCAUCGCCCUCUCCUGGCUAAACGAGGGAACUGUUGAUUUUGAAGGAAUUCAUGGGCCCAGCACAUCAGUACCAUGUGAUAUUAAGUUUCAGAUAUUUUUAACACAAGUUUUGUUAAACUAGCAGACUGUGGAUGUUUUAGAAGAAGUUUAUUUCUUAAUACAAUUUAUAUACAUAUAUCAACCACUGGGACUAAUAUGCGUCAUUAUUUUGGUUGGUGAUUUUCGGCAGACGAGGUGUUUUCAAAUUCUGGUUUACUUUUGAGGCUGUAAAUUAUUUUGUUGUAUUCGUUUGACAUUUGUAAACGAUUUCAUGUACACACGGGGACUGGUAAAAUAAUAGGGAAGUGGACACCGUUCUUUGUGCACUGUAUGUUAUCUGGGUAAAAGGAUUAAAUAGAAGGUGUAUCACAAUGUAGCUUUGUGGUCACAGAUGGCUUAAAAUGAAAUGGAAAUUAUAAACGGGUGCACUUUAAAAUACAGCAAGUAUUUUUAGUCUGGUUAUUAUGUUUUAUUAUAUAGUCAGCACAGCCUUACCUUGUUCAACCCCUGUAUCAGAUACCAGUUUAUAAUAGUAGUUCAUAAAGAGGAAACUGCAGACAAAAGAGGUACUUGCAUUGUCUUCUAGAGUUAGGUUUGAAUGUUAAAAUUGAUAUGUUGAAUUAAAGUUACUAUAUUCAUUUACCAACAGGAUUGUUUGUAAAUAUUAACUUUUCAUUUAAGUCAUCUUAUUAUCCUGUUUUAAAGUCUUCUUUAAAGAGAAAAUGUGACAAUGCUCCAUAUUCACAAUAAAAUGAAUGUUGUAUAUAGGGUAAUUUUUUUUCAUAUAUCGCUGCAUGGCAUUGCUUCAGAACACAAAUUCACUAAACAGCUGAGUAAUGAUUUUAUAUAAUUGAACUGUAGGUUGUGGUUUGCUGAUUCACAGCUUUUUGUUGCAGGUCUGUUGGUGUCGUUAAGUUAAGUAUGAAGCAUACAUGUAACUGUGUGAAAUGAUGGCACAUGUAUUACUGAAUGCCUGAAUGGCUUAGAAAAACAUCUUAUGCGUGUGUAUUUUGGCUACAGGAAGAAUCCAUGUUAUUGUUACCUCUAUUUUCUGUACAAAAAAAACUGAAGACAGUUUUGGUCCUACCAUGUGGCAUCCAUGUAAAUACUGUUAGGAUAUGCCUGAAUUAUUUUAACCUGUAUGUGCCUCUAUAAUAAUGUAUUUAACUGUCAAACUCAAAGCUAUUCAUAAGUGAAUAUGUUGUGAAUGCAGAACGAUCACUAUAUGUUUUAAUUGUGAAAUAUAGCGGCCACUUUUGGUGUUACUGGAUAAUCCUGAACAGAGUCUGUAAAGGUCUUAACAAUUUGAAUCCAACAUGUAAAUCUGUGAAUAAAGACUGUUUGCCAGU